AUGGAUCUCACUGAGGUUGGAUUGAACGACAGCUCCAAGGACCAGCCCACAUUGGUCCGAUGGUACAUCGAUGUCAGACGUUGGGAGGAAAACUAUUUUGACCUUCCUUUUCUCGAUACCUUAACUCAGUCUGAUCAGGCAGCCGUUAAGAGGUACCAUCAAACCUCGGACAAGCGCCUGUCCUUGGCCUCCCAGCUGCUGAAAUAUUACUACGUUCACCAAGCCACUGGCACUCCUUGGAAUAGAAUUGAGAUUCAGCGUACUCCUAUGCCUGAAAACCGCCCAUUCUACGACUCAACCCUUGAUUUCAACGUAAGCCAUCAGGCUGGUCUCACUCUGUUCGCAGGCACACGUGCCGCAACAGCCCACUCAACUGGCGAAUCCCAAGGUUUGCCUCGAGUGGGCAUUGACAUUGCAUGUGUUGAUGAACCCUCUCGUCGUCGCUCUAACCGUCCCCCGAAGACUCUUGCCGACCUGGCAAAUUUCGUGGAUGUCUUUACUGAUGUUCUCUCACCCCGUGAGCUCGCGACCAUCAAGAACCCCUACUUGACUCUUAAAUUGGCGCGUAAGCUUGGGCUCAGUAAAAGCGACCCCAGCAGAGACAAUGAGGAAGUUCUUGCUGCCUACGGCGUUCGGCUCUUCUACUCAAUUUGGGCUCUUAAGGAGGCUUACUUGAAAAUGACCGGAGACGGCCUGCUGGCCACUUGGAUAAAGGAUCUGGAGUUUACAAACGUCGUUCCCCCCGAACCAGUCGAGGAACUCGGGUCUCCUGUUUACUCUGUCCAAAAUUGGGGCCGACCUUACUCCGAUAUCAAAAUCUCCAUAGGUGGCAUUCCUAACUAUUCUGUGCGCGUCCAACUCGUUAGCUUCGAGACCGACUAUAUUGUCGCCACGGCUGCCUCGGGCCCUAAUAUUGGAGCGGUUUCGCGGCAGGUGAUCGUGGGUGACAGUGAUCACCACCUGCCCGGGUGCAUCACGACCCCAGACCCUGAGAAUGAACAUCAGAACGUCCGUGUUGCGCCCCUUGCCCUUCGCACAAUCGGCGAGCAGGAUCCGUGGCGAGUGAACUCGAAAAUCAGCGACCCCUGGUUGCCCAUGCAGGAGGUUGAUAUUGACAUCGAUAUCCGGCCAUGUGCUGAGGGCCGCUGCGAGCACACCCAGAACCUGCCAAGCUUUUGA